CGCCAUGGCCGAGUUCCCAGCCAAAGUCCGCACCCAGACCAGCACCCCGGCGGGGGCGCACGGCCCGGCCCGCAGCGCGCUCCCCAACCUCGCCCUGGAUCGCGGCUUCCUCCGCUCCUUCCUCGGGCUGCUCAUGAUGGUGGAGCUGGUGCUUGGCUUGCUGGUGUGGGCUCUCAUUGCCAGUACAUAUUACCAACCCAUUCCCGCAUAUGGCUGGGUGAUGUUUGUAGCCGUCUUUUUCUGGCUGGUAACAGUCAUUCUGUUUGUGAUGUAUCUACUGCAGCUUCAGAUGAAGCUCUACAUGAUCCCCUGGUCUGUUGUGUUAGUGAUAUUCAACGCGGCUGCGACUGUCCUGUACGUGACUGCGUUUAUUACGUGCUCCGCUGCCGUUCAGUCUCGAAUCCGGCUGCCUGGAGACUACAAUAAAAGAGCAGCUGCAUCAUUCUUUGCCUGCGUUGUGAUGAUAGCCUACGGGGCGAGCACUUUCUUCAGCUUCCAGGCAUGGAAAGGAUUUGGCAGCAAUGCAGCAACCAGUCAAGUGACUGACUAACCACCCCUAAGGCCUGGGUCUCCUGAAGACAGUUUACAGUUGAUGGGGUAGGGGUGGGAGGGCUCACUGGAUUUGCAUUGAGCGAGGAAGCCUCUCAUCACUAGGCCUCUCAUUCAGAUUGACCUAGGUCAGUAGUGGCUGAAAGCCAUGACCAGCCAAUAGCUGCUUGGUGGCCUACGUGAGGACUGACACGUGGUCUUUUAAUGCAGCUUACAGUGGAUAAGUGUCCAUGGCCCAAAACCCACCACAAUUGGCAUCCCUGGUGUGGUGAAAGACUGACUUGGGAG